AUGUUUCGCAUCCCACAACCCAAAAAUGAGAUGAUAGAGGGCCAGGAUGACACAAGACUGGUGGUCUUACAUGGCAUCUCCAAGGAUGAAUUUGAAUGCCUGUUGAAAGCUCUAUUAUGCAGACAGCGUGGGCAAAAUAAGAGCCUAGUACUUCACUUUACCAGCCAAUGGAUAUCUGUCCUCAAGUUAUCCACGAUGUGGGAAUGUACAAGCCUCCGUGCGGCAGCCAUAUCUUGGUUGGAUAGUAACAGCUGGCUACUUCCUUCUCUUCUCGCACUGGCCCAAAGACACAAUCCAAUUAGUGUAGAGGAAGGUAGGCAUCUGGGUAUUGAAACGGCACUGAAGUUGGCAUCGGUGCGGGAGGGGCUUCGGCUGGAGAGACUGGACCCCACAGCUACACGACUGGACUUCACACCCAUGAUACAGAAGGUUUUCGAACUAUAAGUGUAGGACUUCAGUACAUAUGUCAUAUAAUAGAUUUGAAUGAUAAACAAGGUGAUUAUGG